GGAUUGCGUUUAACUAGUAAGUAAAUAAAAUGCAGUAAAUAAAUGAAAUUUAAUAACAACAAACUACACAACACAAAGUGCAGUAACCGCAGCAACAAAAUACAAAUAUUUAAGUAAAUUUAUGCAAAAUUAGUGAAUGUUAAAAUAUCCACAAAAUAAAAUCAUACAGACAAACACUCGUCGCCACGCGCAAAUUGUGAAAGUAAACAACAAAUAUAAAAGCCACAAAAUGCAGCGGCAAAGUGGAAAAUUAUUUAGCCAACAACAGCAACGUUUAAGCCACAACAAGCAAAUUAAUAUAUGGAUGGAAGUCUUCCUCUUACUGACACUCUUCGUGAUUGGUAAUCAAAGUGCCUGGCAGGAGAAUAUACGACCAAAACUCUAUGUGGAAUUAGGUCCGGAGGAUAUACUCAAAUUUUUGGGCAAUGAGAGCGUUGUCGAUCACUUCAAGCUCGUGACCAAGGAUGGCAACAGUCUGCUCAUCGGUGCCAGAAAUACUGUAUUUAAUCUCAGCAUACACGAUCUCACGGAACAGCAGCGUCUGACAUGGACAUCCCCGGAGGAUGAUACCAAAAUGUGUCUCGUCAAGGGCAAGGAUGAGGAGGCCUGUCAGAAUUACAUUCGCAUUAUGGUGGUGCCGUCGCCCGGCCGCCUCUUUGUCUGUGGCACGAACUCAUUUCGUCCCAUGUGCAACACGUAUGUGAUCAAUGACAACAACUACACAUUGGAGGCCACAAAGAACGGUCAAGCGGUCUGUCCCUACGAUCCGCGUCACAACUCCACUUCGGUGCUAGCUGACAGCGAAUUAUAUUCCGGCACUGUGGCAGAUUUUAGCGGCAGUGAUCCGAUUAUCUAUCGUGAGCCUCUGCAGACGGAACAAUAUGAUAGCCUCAGUCUCAAUGCGCCAAAUUUUGUGAGCUCAUUUACGCAGGGAGACUUUGUUUACUUCUUCUUUCGCGAGACGGCUGUGGAGUUUAUCAAUUGCGGCAAGGCGAUUUAUUCGCGAGUGGCACGCGUUUGCAAAUGGGAUAAGGGCGGCCCGCAUCGCUUCCGCAAUCGCUGGACAUCGUUUCUCAAGUCGCGUCUGAACUGCUCCAUACCCGGCGACUAUCCGUUCUACUUCAACGAGAUACAGUCGGCAAGCAAUCUGGUUGAGGGACAAUACGGCUCCAUGAGCUCCAAAUUGAUUUAUGGCGUUUUUAAUACGCCAACAAAUUCGAUACCCGGCUCAGCGGUUUGUGCCUUUGCCUUGCAGGACAUUGCGGACACAUUCGAGGGGCAGUUCAAGGAGCAGAGCGGCCUCAACUCCAACUGGCUGCCAGUGAACAAUGCCAAGGUGCCCGAUCCGCGUCCCGGCGCCUGUCACAAUGAUUCACGAACGCUGCCGGAUCCGACAUUAAAUUUCAUCAAAACACAUUCGCUAAUGGAUGAGAAUGUUCCGGCAUUUUUCGGUCAACCGAUUCUGGUGCGAACAAGCACAAUCUAUCGCUUCACACAGAUCGCGGUGGAUGCACAAAUCAAAACUCCCGGAGGCAAGACAUACGAUGUGAUAUUCGUUGGCACAGAUCAUGGGAAAAUCAUCAAGUCCGUGAAUGCGGAAUCAGCAGACACAGCGGAAAAGGUCAGCUCGGUGGUCAUUGAGGAGAUCGAUGUGCUGACGAAAAGCGAGCCCAUACGCAAUUUGGAAAUUGUGCGCACAAUGCAGUACGAUCAACCAAAAGAUGGCAGCUACGACGAUGGCAAAUUAAUCAUUGUGACAGAUAGUCAAGUGAUAGCCAUACAACUGCAUCGAUGUCACAAUGACAAAAUUACCAGCUGCAGUGAAUGCGUCGCAUUGCAGGAUCCGUACUGCGCCUGGGAUAAAAUUGCGGGCAAGUGUCGCUCGCAUGGGGCGCCACGCUGGCUGGAGGAGAACUAUUUCUAUCAGAAUGUGGCCACGGGUCAGCAUGCGGCCUGCCCCUCAGGCAAAAUCAAUUCAAAGGACGCCAAUGUUGGCGAACAGAAGGGUUUUCGCAAUGACAUGGACCUGCUAGACUCACGGCGCCAGAGCAAGGACCAGGAAAUCAUUGACAACAUCGAUAAGAACUUUGAAGGUCCACAAAUUUCCGCAGAUAUUAUCAAUGCUCAGUAUACGGUGGAGACACUGGUGAUGGCCGUGCUGGCUGGCUCGGUCUUUUCGCUGCUGGUGGGCUUCUUUACAGGCUACUUCUGUGGCCGACGCUGCCACAAGGACGAGGACGAUAAUCUGCCCUAUCCGGAUACGGAGUAUGAAUAUUUUGAGCAACGCCAAAAUGUUAACAGUUUCCCAUCAUCCUGCCGCAUACAGCAGGAGCCAAAGCUGCUGCCACAAGUCGAGGAGGUGACGUAUGCGGAGCCCGUGCUGCUGCCCCAGCCGCCGCCACAGAACAAAAUGCACUCGCCCAAGAAUACGCUGCGCAAGCCGCCCAUGCAUCAAAUGCAUCAGGGCCCCAAUUCGGAGACGCUCUUCCAGUUCCAGCCCGAUGGCUACAAUACUCAACAGACAUAUCGCGGACGCGACAAUUUUGGCACCUUGCGUUCGCAUCAGGUGAUGGGCGACAACUAUAGACGCGGUGAUGGCUUCUCCACCACACGCAGCGUCAAGAAGGCUGUAAACAACACAAACACACGUAACAGAAGUCUUGGUCGUGCAAGAAGACAGCCGCCCCGUCAUGGUAUUGUAACUCAGCACCGUUCAAAUAGCCCACAGCAGCAGCAGCAGCAACAACAACAACAACAGCAGCAGCCGCACUCCAGCUCCGGCUCCUCGCCAGUAAUGUCAAACAGCAGUUCCAGUCCAGCGCCGCCAUCCAGCAGUCCCAGUCCGCAGGAGAGCCCCAAGAAUUGCAGUUACAUUUACCGUGAUUGAUUGAUAUGUAAUACCAAAUCGAUGCCACUCAUUCAGGCGUUGCCCACGCCCCACACGCCCACGCCCAGUCAACAGCAGCACCAGCAGCAGCAGCAACAGCCAGUUAGAGUCACAAACAGCAGCAGGCAGCUUGCCAAAUCCAUGCCCGUUACACCCAUUCAGCCGCAGUCACCCGCAGAGCCAGCGCCACAUCCAUCCAGCUCGCCCUCCUAUGAACUCUACGAGGCACGUGCUCCACUCCACUUUCGCCACGCAUACUCCGACGCCAGAUUCCAGCCCUAUGAUGACGACUACGAGCAGGACGAGCAGGAUGAUGUAGAUGACGAGGAGGAUGAACUGGAGGAUACAUCAUCGUUGGCCAUGAUAACACCGCCGCCGCCCUACGACCAACCACAACUGACAACUGCAGUUGCCAGUUCAGUUGCAGCUGCUCCACCGUUGCCGCCACCGCGCAAGUUCCGCUUUGGCAAUCGCGAGCUGUUCAGCAUGAGUCCGGGCACGCCCAAGAGCAGUGCCAUAACGCCCACAAAGCUUGGCGCCGCUGCCGCCGCCAUGUUUGCCACACCCCAAAUGGCGCAACUCAAUCGCAAGUGGGCGCAUCUGCAGCGCAAGCGACGGCGACGCAACAGCAGCAACGGUGACUCCAAGGAACUGGACAAGCUCGUGCUGCAGUCCGUCGACUGGGAUGAGAAUGAAAUGUACUAGCAAUUAAACUAACCCUUCACACACACACACACACACACACACACACACACACUUAUGCAUUAAGUCACAGUUAUGAAAUUAUAUAUGCUUAUCGUUCAGAUCAGAUCAGUUAGAAGAUUUUAGAUGCAACUUUACACAAAAGUUAAACAAACAAAUUAAAUGGGGCUUAGGUAGAGAGGUGGGUUGUCUGGAAUUCGUUUGCUGAAUGAGUUUUGAGUUCAUAUUCUAUAGCUAUAAUGAGUUUGAAAAUCUAAAAGUUUCAUAACAAUUAUAUACACAUAAAUUUUGAGACUAUAUGUCUCAGCUUUGGGUUAAUUCUUUUAAGCGAAGACUGUCUUGGAAGACAACCCAUGGGCACAGGGAGCGGGCAUAGGGAGCCAGGGCUGGUAACAAAAGCUACACUGUGUUAUCAGUUCAGAUAAUUAUAUAGUAUAUAUACAACUUAUACACACUGCAAUUAAAUUUGAGAUAAACAUAUUGUUUUCAAUAAGCCCCAAAUACUUAGGCAUAGACAUAGUUGGAAAGGCGAACUAAACUUAGAGCGCCAUUAAUUGCAUUUUUUGAAUUUAUAACAGUUAUACUAUAGAAUAUUCUACACAAGAACAAGAGCAGCAGCCCAUGAGCAUUAUAUACAACCGAUUUAUAAACAACAAGUUAUCUAGCCUAUACCGAUAUAUAUAUAUAACAAGAGCUGCUAAUUAAACGAAACACGAACUUGUAGCAAGAUUAAACCGAUUUAAAAUAUGGUUAAUUACAGUACAUCGCAUACACCAAUAUGAGAAUUAUAAAUAAUUAGUAAACAUGUAAAUUUUUAGGGAUUUUCAAUGCAAUCUGUAAAUAUUAAUCAACACUAAAACAUACAAGUUUUUGCAUUUAAAUGAACUACAAACAAAAAAAUAGUAAAAAUAUACAAAAACAAAAAAAAGACAAGCAAACAAAAAAUGUUAAAAAAAAACAAAAAAACGAAACGCUUAUUACUGAUUUAUAAUUAAGUAAUAUACCAAAAUAGUAGAAAGCAAACAACAAAUUAUAAGAGUUGAUAAUGUUGCGAAUAUUUUGUGCUUUGUCAAAGUUUAUAUUUAUACAAAUUGUUUCUUAAUUUAAUGUACAUAGCACACACACACUACGAUUACUUGUAAGCUUCAAGAAAAUGAAACUGCCAUUCGCUUCAACAAAAUACAAACCCCUAGAACUAAAAGUAGAAUUUUCUAAUACUCACUCACACAGACAAACACACGCUGCCUAUAAAGCAUAAACCGAAUACCUAUUGCAAGCUCUUCAUUUAUCCUAUACAUACUACUAUAUAGAACUAUAUAUAUUAUAGAUAAGAAUAUUCAAUUCAGUCAAUUUGUUUUGCAGCCUUAUGCUUUAUAUUCAGAUACGAUAUUUACUCGAGCGCUCUCGAUUGCAGUCAAAAUAGUGCUUAAUCAAUAAUUGAAUUCUGUAUAAAAUGUACAGCAAAUUUACCACUGUACAUAUACAUAUAUACCAUACAUAUAUAUGUGCGAUAUGUGCCAUAAAUUAAAAUCUAUGAUUUCAAUUGCUCUCUAUCUCUCUCUCUCUCUCUCGCUCUGCUAAUCAGCUGCUCUCUAAAUGAAUGCCGUGAAACAACCUCCCCCUGCCCCUGCCCCCGCCCCUGUAAUUGUGAUUUGAAAACAACUGAAGAAAUUAUUCACAGUGUACAUAACUUCGAGACGAUCUGUAGAGCAAACAUUUUGUGUUCAACAUUCGUAUAAAGUGAUCGAUUAAAGAGAUAUUGAAUGAGAAAAGCAUAACGUAAUAUUAGCUAUAGAAACUUUAGCAUAUAUAUACAUACAUAUAUAUUCAAAUUUAGAGCGUGAACACAUUUCUCCUUUUCUAUAUAUUGUAGCAUAAGCGAUAGAAGCAGCAGCAGCAGCAGCAGCAGCAUAUUUUGUAUAAAAACUGACAACCAUGAAAACAAAAGCAUGAAGAAAACAAAUUUUUAAUUUCAAUUUUAUGAUCUUAUAACAUUUUUGCGUUUGCAUUGCAUACGAAAGAAAGCGUAGUAAUAUCUAAAUCAAAGCAACUGUAUAAAGAAUACGAAAAACAAAUUACAAAAUAAUAAUAAUAAUAAUAGUUAUUAAUGCUAGCAUUAGCAAUACACAGCACAAUUUGUUUAUAUUUUUGAACCAAUUGUAGUUUUGAGUUUUGGAGAAACUUUUCAUUUGCAUUUAGAGAGGCCAAAGACACACACACACAAGAUUUAUUUUUUAUAAGUUUAGCUUUGCAUUUAUUAUUUGUUUAAGCCUUCUGUACAUACGUAUAUACAAUUUCUAUAUACACUAAUUAUAUUAAAACGUUGUUUUGGUCUGUGCUUUUCUCUCUCGACUUUGUUAUUAACUAUACGCGUACUACAAAAGCAAUACGAAAGCACGUAAACUUAUAAUAAACAUAUAUAGGUAACAAGAACAGUUGAAUUCAAGUUUAUAAACAAAACAAAACAAAACAAAAGCAAAGCAAGCAAGUACUGCUAACUAGUGACUCUACUAAAAAAGCUAGUUUCUAGUUAUAUAUACAUAUAUAUACAAAAACAUACAUUUAUAAAUUGCUUACGAGUAUAUACUAAAUCAGAUCCAUUAACUUUUAUACACUUUACAUUUACAUACUUAUAUACCUAUACAACAAAACAAAACGCAAAAAGUAAAGCAAAAGCGCCAGCGCAAAUUCGAAACUAAAUCUAAAGAGAAUUAUUCAAGUAUUUGUAAUUUAGAUUCGAAGCUAACAAUUGAAAGGUUUUACAGCAUAACAACAACAACAACAACAACAAAUAAAACUAACAAUUAGUAUAUCUACUUUAGCAGACAGUGUGUCUAGCAAAUGCUUUUAAACUAAAAUCAGAGAGAUACAAAAUAAACAAAGAUUAAAGCAUAUUUUACUAGUAAAGCAAAUCACGUAUUAUGAAUAUCGUAAAAACGAACUUGUGAGCCACAUAAUAAUCAUUAACAAAGCGAUAAAUUAAUCAGUAAAAGCAACUCAGAAAAUUCUUUUUAGAAAACCCAAAUGCAGCAAGGCGUAUAAGCAUAGAAAUACUUUAAAAAUGUAAGCGACAAGAUUUUUAACCUUCUUCACAUAAGCUGCAAAUGUUGAAACAAACAAACAAACAAACAAAAUGAGAAUAAUUAUUUACUUUGUAUGCGCAGCAACAAUUCGUAGAUGAGCAAAGGAAAAGCCCUAGAAAGCAUGUAAACCAAAAGUAAACAUAUAAAAGAAACAAAAACACUCAAGUUUUCAUUUACCAUUAAAACGAUAUAUAUUCA